AUGAGUUCCUACAUGUCAAGCAAGAAGACUAUCAAAAUCAAUCCAGACAACGGGAUCAUGGAGGAGCUCAGGAAGAGGGCUGAGGCUGAUAAGAAUGACGAAUCAGUUAAGGAUCUCGUGCUUUUGCUGUUAGAGACUGCCCUUUUGAAAUCUGGUUUCAGUUUGGAUGACCCGAACACUUUUGCUGCGAGAAUUCAUAGAAUGCUGAAGGUUGGGCUGAGCAUUGAUGAAGAAAACGAGGAUGGGGAACUGGAGGAGGAAGGAAAUGAAGAGAGCAAUAUGGAGAGAGGUCAAUUAAAAAAUUCGAAAGGUAUUAAUUGA